UUGACUCUUGACGUGUCUAUAUACUAGCUGACGUGAUAUUGUCACAUAUUAAAACGAAAUUUGAUUUCGAUUUACAAACUUAAAUUAAAAAAGGAUCAUAAAAUGGAUUUCUUUACAUCAAUUCCAACGCACAUAGAUUAUGUCGGUCAAGCAAAAGCUGAAAAACUAUACAGAGCAAUAAUUACAUUGUUCAGCAUUGUUGGUUUUAUCUGGGGCUACAUAGUUCAACAAUUUUCUCAAUCCGUGUAUAUUUUAGGAGCCGGCUUUGUUCUUGCAGCAAUAUUAACCCUACCACCGUGGCCUAUGUACCGCAGAAAUCCAUUGAAUUGGCAAAAUCCAAAGAAUGCGGAAGAAAAAUCAUCUGGUAAAAAGGGGAAAAAAUGAAGUACUGUUUAUAUUUGUAUGUAUUUACUAUUCAUAUGAAUCUACUUGGAUUAAAUAAAUAGAUUUUAAGGUAAAA